AUGACUGAAGGUUUAGAACAAGCCACAAAUAUUGUUGCUGGUACGAUACAGCAAGGGUUUACUGAACUUAGUACGACAGUGAAUGAGAAACUCAAACAAAUUAAAAUCGCCAUUAAAAAGCAAGAAAUCAUAAUUGAUACGCCUCCUUUUUCGGGGAAGCCGUCGGAAUUCCGGGCUUGGAUAAAUGCAAUAAACAAAGCUUUGGUCUUAAAUCCCCAUUUGACAGAUGAUGAAAAAGUCCGUCUUGCUCUAAGACAUAGCAGGGGGGAUGUAAGUGACUAUAUCGGUCUGUACAUUGAACAGCGCGUGCAUGACCAAACUGUAGAAAGGGGAUGGGGGCACCUGAAAAACCAACUAAUUUUAAGAUUUGGGGAAUGUAAUGACAAACAUCACGCAUAUGCAUCCCUGUUCAAAAUUAAACAAAAACCUGAAGAAAAUGUCCAAGUGUACAGCACUCGACUCUCUCGACUGGCCCUCGACGCAUUUGACAGCCUUGACCCUCCUGAGGUACAGCGCCAGUUGGUACAAUUGUUCAUUGACGGUAUGUCUGACGAUCACAUGAAAAUCAAAAUCAUGCAUCAAAAGCCGACUGCGCUGACGGCUGCCGCGGAUAGCGCGCUUUCAAUACAGAACUUUCAUACCGAGGUUAAAAUGCGGUUAGGGAAAGAGUUUGUCCCGACGCGAGAUCCGGAAGAGGUGGUAUUUCCCAGGCUCAGACCUGUCGCGCCUGAUCCGCCUUACCCUACCCCAACUUUAAUUCCUCAAAACCCCAUCCCUGCCCCUCGCACUAUUUUACCUAUGGAAAUAGGUCACAUGCGGUAUAGAAGAAGGCCCAGAACUAAACAAUUUGAGAAUGCAUGCUUUAAUUGUAAAAGAGAAGGUCACAUAGCUCGAAAUUGCCCCGAAAGAACAAGACAGCCCCAAGCUCGAAAACGUCCCACCCCGAAAAACCGUUUAAACUAG